CUUUACUGUGUACGCAAAGAGCAUACAUACUUUGAUGAUCUGAAAACUCGAGCCUACAAUAGCAGCAAUUGAUAUUGUCUGUGGCUCUAGAGGUUUUCUACCUCGUCCCUUCCCGCGUGGACCUUGUCCCGCGUCUUCUCUCCCUCUUCGUCCAUUAGAAACUCAGCCGCACCGACUAGGACAUUCUCCUUUGGUUUUUCCACUUGGGGUUUUCGCUAUAUUCCGCCUUUCAAGGACCUCAAUUGAUAUAUGAACACAUCGAUCAUUACUUGGAAACAAGCUGCAAUCAUGGCUUCUACGGUAUACCCGCCCGUUACCGCCCAAUACGCAGAGGGGGAAAGCUUGAUUGCCCUCGAGCUUCAAGAUGGUGUCGUAUACCAAGGAUACAGUUUUGGAGCAGAAAAGAAGAGUGUUGCAGGAGAAUUGGUCUUCCAAACGGGCAUGGUGGGGUACCCAGAAUCUGUAACGGACCCCUCAUACCGAGGCCAAAUCUUGGUCAUUACAUUCCCUUUGGUUGGCAACUAUGGUGUCCCAUCUCGAGAGACUCUGGAUGAGCUCCUCAAAGAUCUGCCAGCACACUUCGAAGCCUCGCAGAUUCACAUUGCUGGUCUUGUUGUGGCCUCUUACUCGGGCGAAGACUUCUCGCACUUCCUUGCAACAUCUUCUCUCGGAACAUGGCUGAAGGAGGAAGGUGUUCCUGCCAUGUAUGGUGUGGAUACCCGAGCAUUGACAAAGAGAAUUCGAGAAGAAGGUAGCAUGCUUGGACGCAUGCUGGUUCAGAAGCAAACCCUGACCAACGGUUUGACUAAUGGACACACCAAUGGCACAUCUGCGAUCAUUUCGAACAGCUGGAGAUCUUCUUUCGAGACAAUCGACUGGGUAAAUCCAAACACAAAGAACCUCGUUGCAGAUGUUUCGAUCAAAAAGCCCAAAUUAUAUUCCCCAAAUCCCGCGAAUGCCUUGAAACACCCUUCUGGUAGCCCUGUACGUGUGCUGUGCUUGGAUGUUGGAUUAAAAUACAAUCAAUUGCGGUGCCUGUUGAAGAGAGGUGUAGAAGUACUCGUCUGCCCCUGGAACUACGACUUCCCAGCCCUUGCCGGCAAGGACUAUGAUGGAUUGUUCAUUUCCAAUGGUCCUGGAGAUCCUGCCUUGAUGGCCGAGACUGUCAAGCAUAUUGCAUCUGCCAUUCAAGAGAACAGAACGCCAAUCUUUGGUAUUUGUCUUGGUCACCAAUUGCUGGCUAGAGCCGCAGGAGCAAGGACGUCGAAGAUGAAAUUUGGAAACCGUGGGCAUAAUAUCCCUUGUACGAACAUGUUGACUGGAAAAUGUCACAUUACAUCGCAGAAUCAUGGUUUUGCUGUCGAUGCAGAUUCCCUGCCGGCUGAAUGGACAGAGUUGUUCGUAAAUGCCAAUGAUGGAAGCAAUGAAGGCAUUCGCCACAUCAAUAGACCUUACUUCAGUGUACAAUUCCAUCCGGAGAGCACCCCCGGCCCUAGGGAUACCGAGUUCCUCUUUGAUGUCUUCAUCAACACGAUCACGGACACUCUGAAAGACACCGGACUUCUCACAGCGCCUGUCCAUUUCCCAGGUGGUGAUGCCGCUGAGACUGAGAGACUACAUCCCAAGAUUGAUGUCAAGAAAGUACUGGUUCUCGGCUCUGGUGGUCUCUCUAUCGGUCAAGCUGGAGAGUUUGAUUACUCUGGAAGUCAAGCAAUCAAGGCUCUGAAGGAAGAGGGAAUCUUUACCGUGUUAAUAAACCCCAAUAUCGCAACUAUACAAACAUCGAAAGGCUUGGCUGACAAGGUUUACUUCCUGCCCGUUACAGCCGAGUUUGUGCGGAAAGUCAUUAUCCACGAACGCCCAGAUGCAAUUUAUGUGACCUUUGGUGGUCAAACUGCACUUCAGGUCGGUAUCCAGCUCAAGGACGAAUUUGAAGAACUCGGGGUAAAGGUGCUUGGUACCCCAAUCGAAACCAUCAUCACUACUGAGGAUCGAGAACUGUUUGCUCGCAGCAUGGAAUCGAUUGGCGAAAAGUGCGCGAAAUCUGCUUCUGCCAGUACUACCGAGGAAGCCAUGCGAGUGGUCAAAGGCAUUGGAUUCCCUGUCAUCGUCCGGGCUGCAUAUGCUCUCGGUGGUCUCGGCAGUGGAUUUGCAGACAAUGAGAAGGAAUUGAUUGCUCUCUGCAACAAGGCAUUUGCAGCCAGUCCACAAGUUCUAAUUGAACGUAGUAUGAAGGGUUGGAAGGAGAUUGAAUACGAAGUGGUACGAGACGCUCGAGAUAACUGCAUCACUGUAUGCAACAUGGAGAACUUCGAUCCUCUGGGCAUUCACACUGGCGACUCGAUUGUGGUCGCUCCAUCCCAAACACUCUCCGAUGAAGACUACAACAUGCUACGAACCACGGCAGUCAAUGUCAUUCGCCAUCUCGGUGUUGUCGGAGAAUGCAACAUUCAAUAUGCCCUCAAUCCGUUCUCUCGAGAAUACUGUAUCAUCGAAGUCAAUGCAAGAUUGUCUAGAUCGUCUGCAUUGGCAUCAAAGGCUACAGGAUACCCGUUGGCGUUCAUUGCUGCCAAGCUCGGUCUGGGGAUCCAUCUCAAUAAGAUCUCCAAUUCCGUCACCAAGGUCACCUGUGCUUGUUUUGAGCCUUCACUUGAUUACGUUGUGGUCAAGAUGCCGAGAUGGGAUCUGAAGAAAUUCACCCGUGUCUCUACGCAACUCGGCUCGUCCAUGAAGAGUGUUGGUGAAGUCAUGAGCAUUGGCAGAACAUUUGAAGAAGCUAUACAGAAGGCAAUUCGUGCCAUUGAUUUCCACAACCUUGGCUUCAACGACACAAAAGCUCUGAUGUCCAUUGAUGAUGAGCUUCAAACCCCUUCGGACCAACGUCUGUUCGCUAUUGCCAACGCCAUGCAUUCGGGCUACUCUGUCAACAAGAUCUGGGAAAUGACAAAGAUUGACAAGUGGUUCUUGAGCAGGUUGAAGGGUCUGAGUGAUUUUGGCAAGAUGAUGACCAAAUUCAAUGCAAGCACGAUCACAACGAACCUCCUUCGCCAGGCAAAACAACUCGGUUUCUGCGAUCGCCAGCUGGCUAAAUUCUGGAGCUCGAACGAACUUGCUGUGCGGCGACUGAGAGUUGAAGCUGGAAUUGUUCCUGUCGUGAAGCAGAUUGAUACGGUCGCGGCCGAGUUUCCCUGCACGACAAACUACCUCUACUUGACGUACAAUGGGUCUGAGAAUGAUAUUUCAUUCAACGACCAUGGUGUGAUGGUUUUAGGAUCUGGUGUUUAUCGUAUCGGCAGCUCUGUAGAAUUUGACUGGUGUUCUGUGCGUGCAAUCAGAACUCUUCGUGAGACCGGAUUCAAGACAGUCAUGGUCAACUACAAUCCCGAGACAGUGAGUACUGACUACGACGAAGCCGAUCGACUCUACUUUGAGAACAUCAACUUGGAAACAAUCCUCGACAUCUACCAACUUGAAAACUCCAGCGGUGUUCUCAUUGCUAUGGGCGGUCAGACACCAAACAAUAUCGCCCUACCUCUUCAUCGCCUCAACAUUAAAGUCCUCGGCACAUCUCCCGAAAUGAUCGAUACAGCGGAGAACCGUUACAAGUUCUCCAGAAUGUUGGAUCGGAUUGGAGUUGAUCAGCCAACAUGGAAGGAAUUGACCAGCUUCGAGGAAGCCAAAGUCUUCUGCAAGAAAGUGUCCUAUCCCGUUUUAGUUCGACCUUCAUACGUUCUAUCUGGCGCAGCCAUGAACACUGUUUAUUCGGAGGCAGAUUUGGAAGCAUAUCUUGCUCAAGCUGCAGAGGUCUCUAGAGAACAUCCAGUUGUCAUCACCAAAUACAUCGAGAACGCCAAAGAAAUCGAGAUGGAUGCAGUUGCCAGAGAUGGAUCUAUGGUCGGACAUUUCAUCUCGGAGCAUGUGGAGAAUGCUGGAGUACACUCUGGUGAUGCUACAUUGAUUCUACCGCCCCAAGAUCUUGAGCCAACCACAAUUCAACGAAUUGAGGAAGCUACACGCAAGAUUGGCGAAGCUCUGAAUGUUACUGGCCCUUUCAACAUUCAGUUCAUUGCCAAGGACAACGAUAUCAAGGUCAUCGAAUGUAACGUUCGAGCAUCUCGUUCGUUCCCGUUCGUCUCGAAGGUCAUGGGAGUUGAUUUGAUCGAGAUGGCGACGAAAGCAAUCAUGGGCGUUCCAUUUGUGGAAUACCCACCCACAGAAUUGCCACCCAAUUGUGUCGGUGUCAAGGUCCCACAAUUCAGUUUCUCACGUCUCUCCGGUGCUGAUCCGGUUCUUGGUGUUGAAAUGGCAUCGACUGGAGAAGUCGCCUGCUUUGGCAUUGACAAAUAUGAAGCCUAUAUCAAAGCUCUGAUCUCGACCGGAUUCAAGCUGCCAAACCGCAACAUUCUUCUGUCCAUUGGAUCUUACAAAGACAAGAAGGAGAUGCUACCAUCGGUGGUUAAGCUCAAUCGCAUGGGAUACAAGCUAUUCGCCACUGCCGGUACUGCCGAUUUCCUGCAGGAACACGACGUACCGGUUCAGUAUCUCGAGAUUCUCGGACCAGAUGAGGAUGAUCAAAAAUCGGAAUACUCCUUGACUCAGCAUCUUGCAAACAACAUGAUUGACUUGUACAUCAAUCUCCCUUCUAGCAAUCGCUAUAGACGUCCGGCAAAUUACAUGAGCAAAGGUUAUCAAACACGAAGAAUGGCCGUGGACUAUCAAACUCCAUUAGUGACCAAUGUCAAGAAUGCGAAGAUUCUCAUCGAGGCCAUUGCACGCCAUUUCGAUCUCGAGAUUAGCGCUAUCGAUGGUCAGACCAGUCACCGAACUGUGGUGCUCCCAGGUUUGAUCAACAUUGCGGCUUUUGUACCUGGUAUUGCAGUCGCAGGCAAUCACGACUUCCAAACUGUUACUCGAGCAUCGAUUGCCGCUGGCUUCACUAUGAUUCGAACCAUGCCUCUUGGUCUUGAAGGUUCCGUGACAGACGCUCGCGCUUUGAAGACAGCCCAGAAGAAUGCCAAGCGUGCUGCUUGUGACUACAACUUCUCUGUUGCGGCAACUUCUGCCAACGCCGAUCAGAUCAGCCAAGUCACUGGUGAAGUCGGAUCUCUCUUUAUCCCUUUCAAUCAUCUAGCAGAUAACAUCAGCAAGGUUGCCGCUGUCACUGCUCAUUUCGAGGCAUGGCCAAACUUCAAGCCAAUCGUGACGGAUGCAAAGAUGACUGAUCUUGCUUCGAUUUUUCUUCUAGCAAGUCUCCACAACAGAAAGAUCCACGUCAACAGUGCCACUACCAAGGAUGACAUCAAAUUGAUUGCUCUGUCCAAAGCCAAGGGCCUGAGGGUUACUUGUGAUGUUGCCGUCUAUUCGCUGUUCUUAUCUCAAAGCGACUUCCCUGAAGCCAAAUUCUUGCCUACUACCGAAGACCAGGCUGCUCUUUGGGAGCAUAUGAGUAUCAUCGAUGUUUUCUCUGUCGGUAGCUUGCCAUACCAGCUCGCUCAUGCUGUCAAGCAACCGCCAAAUGCAGCAGUCGGAAUUGCCGAUACUCUACCACUCCUCUUUACGGCUGUUGCAGAUGGGAGACUUACUGUGGAUGAUAUCAAAGCCCGCCUUCACGAUAACCCCAAGGACAUCUUUGAGCUCCACGACCAGGUUGGCGCUUCCGUUGAGGUUGAAAUCGAUCGGCCAUAUACAUUUGCUCCUGUUGGCGUUUGGUCACCCUUCACUGGCAAGAAGACACACGGCGCCGUUCAGCGAGUCAUCUUCCAGGAUAAGACAGCUUGCCUAGACGGCGAACCUUCCGCCGACUUGAUCGAAGGCAAGGACAUGUCCUCGCACUUGAUUGACGCUCAUCUGGCGACUCCACUAUCACCAGUCGUGAAGCCAGUGCUUGGCUCUCCCGCACUGGGACCAAGACCGGAGAGUUCUCAUGGCUUCCAUGGCCGCCGUCAAUCGAUGAUUGGGGCCCCUGCAAUGCGUCCUGCCAAUCGUUCACGAUUUUUGGAUGGAGCUACUCAAUCACCACAGCGAUCCAGUACCGAGGAUUUCGGGUCUAUCUUAUACCACCAGCCAACCAUCUCCCCAUCCCUGCAAUCGCUUCUUGCCCAAUCACCAUUUAAGAAUCAGCAUGUCCUAUCUGUGAACCAGUUUACUCGCCAAGAUCUUCACUUGCUGUUCACUGUCGCUCAAGAAAUGCGUUUGGGAGUUCAGCGAGAAGGUGUGCUCUCAAUUUUGAAAGGCCGAGUUCUGAUGACACUUUUCUAUGAGCCAUCCACUCGAACUUCUGCUUCGUUUGAUGCAGCUAUGCAACGACUUGGUGGUCGUACGGUUGCGAUUGCGACAAACCAUUCCAGCACGCAAAAGGGUGAAUCUCUGGCUGACUCUAUUCGGACACUUGGUUGUUACGGUGAUGCAAUCGUUCUUCGUCACCCCGAUGAGAGCAGUGCUGCAACUGCGGCUAAGUUCUCUCCCGUUCCAAUUCUCAAUGGAGGCAAUGGCAGCAAGGAACAUCCUACACAAGCGUUCCUCGAUCUAUUCACCAUUCGUGAGGAACUCGGUACUGUUACUGGUCUCACAAUUACAUUCACCGGUGAUCUUAGAUAUGGUCGCACUGUUCACUCUUUGGUCAAGUUGCUGCAACACUACGAUGUCAGCAUCCAGCUGGUAUCUCCCAAAGCAUUGGCCAUUCCAAGCGAGAUUAGGGAAUUGAUCAAGUCCAAGCCUGGUCAGCUCUUGAUUGAGACGACUGAGCUGACACCGGAGAUCGUCGCUCGUAGUGACGUUCUCUACUGUACUCGGGUCCAGAAGGAGAGAUUCGAGGACUUGGACGAGUAUGAGAGAUUGAAGGAUAGUUUCAUUGUCGAUAACAAGACCUUGAAGAAUGCCAAGAGCACGAUGAUUGUCAUGCAUCCUCUGCCUAGAAACAAGGAGAUUGGUGAAGAGGUGGACUUUGAUCAGAGGGCGGCAUAUUUCAGACAGAUGAGAUAUGGUUUGUAUACCCGAAUGGCUUUGUUGGCUUUGGUUUUAGCUCCUUAAGUUUUGCUUUGAUGGUGUUUUCAGCGAAGGAAAAGUUUGUGUUUAGGAAUAAAAUUACUAGACCGUAUAGCCUCUAGGCCGUAGAUGAGAAAUGAUUGUAGAACGAAUUAUUUUUGGUGUAAGGCGUCCGUGUGGGUUGUGUAUGCAGGUGCUUAGGUGUGUGCGUACGUUGUGUUUGUGGUUACUGUAUGUAUUUAUGUAGACUACGUCUGUAUAUAGCGAGUGUAUGCUCAUCAAUUUAUCG